AUUUCAGUAUGAUUGUAGUAUAACAUAAUCCUUGUUAUAUAAUCGAGACAGAUUUGCAUGCUAAAUGCAACGUUAGCUUGGAAUAAAUCCUAUAAAUAAUGUGAUUUUUUGUUGUUGUUGUAACUAGCUAAUGUUAUACGCAAAUAUUUAUACAUUUUCAACACGCUUCCGUUCUUUAUGUGAACAUUUAACUUGCUAGCUAAGCUAACUAGCUAGUCAACUAUCCAGCUAGCUCGUUACCUAAUGUAAUACCUGUGCAUUGUCUCAAGCUAGCUAACGUUAGCUGUGUAGCGAGCAACCGUAAAGCUAGCGAACAACAAAGAAAACAAAGCACACACUUCAAGAUGUCCUUCAACAAAUCUAACGUUAGCUAGCAUUUGUAUUCAUUUGCUGCAUGAUGUACCAUGUAGCCCAUUUUGUUAAUUUCAAGAAAUAUUGUCCAAAUCCAAUUUUAUUGGUCACAUACAAAUAUUUAGCAGAUGUUAUUGCGGUUGUAGCGAAAUGUUUGUACUCAAAUACUCAAACGGAGUGAUAUCCGAUGAUGUACCCGCCUCAGCUGAAUCUUUAAAUUAGGCUAAAAUCCUGGGGAACAAGAACCGGAAAACACAUGAACGCUUGUGUUCCACAUGUCUGCUGAAAUGGAAGGACUGUGACUAACUGACCAUGGAGUACACCACCUCAACAGGGGAGCAGAUAGUCGUGCAGACGUCCAAUGGCCAGAUCCAACAACAGGUCCAAGGCCAGCCCCUGGUGGUGCAGGUGAGCGGAGGGCAGCUGAUCACAUCGUCAGGGCAACCCAUCAUGGUGCAGGCUAUGGGGGGAGGACAGGGACAGACCAUCAUGCAGGUGCCUGUGUCUGGAGGACAGGGACUACAACAGAUCCAGCUACAGGGUGGACAGCAGAUCCAGCUGCAGAACGGUCAGACGAUCCAUCUAGGGGGACAACAGAUCCAGCUGCAGGGUGGACAGAUGUUACAGCUCGGGGGACAGCAGGGUCAACCCCAACAGAUCAUCAUCCAACAGCCACAACAAGCCAUCACAGCCGGACAGAACCAGGGCCAGCAGAUUCAGUUGCAACAGGGCCAGCAGAUUCAGUUGCAACAGGGCCAGCAGAUUCAGUUGCAACAGGGCCAGCAGAUUCAGUUGCAACAGGGCCAGCAGCUGGCACAGACGGCUGACGGACAGACCAUCGUCUACCAGCCAGUCAACGCAGAUGGCACCGUCCUGCAACAGGGAAUGAUCACCAUCCCAGCAGGCAGCCUGGCGGGGGCCCAGAUGGUACAGACAGGGGGUGCCAACACCACCACUACCAACAGUGGACAGCAGGGCACCGUGACCGUCACCCUGCCAGUCUCAGGCAACAUGAUGAACGCUGGUGGCAUGGUCAUGAUGAUGCCUAGUGGAGGUGCAGUGCCUGCUAUGCAGCGUAUCCCUCUACCCGGGGCUGAGAUGUUAGAGGAGGAACCUCUGUACGUCAACGCUAAACAGUACCAUCGCAUCCUGAAGAGAAGACAGGCCCGCGCCAAGCUGGAGGCAGAGGGCAAGAUCCCCAAGGAGAGGAGGAAAUAUCUGCACGAGUCCCGUCACCGCCACGCCAUGCAGCGCAAGAGGGGAGACGGAGGACGCUUCUUCUCUCCCAAGGAGAGGGAGGAGAUGGCCCUGGCUCUGGCCCAGCAACAGGCAGAGCUGGCUGCCCAGGCAGGAGAAGAGUCUGUAGCUCAGAUGGUCCGUGUUUCAUAGCAUUCCACACCCCGACAAUGUCUUCCUCCGUAUAUACACAUCUCGCUGGGCUUGGCCGAUAAACCGUGUACCGGGGUGUUUCCAAAUACCGGCAAUAUGAUUUUCAAUACCGUUUAAAAAUAUAUAUAUAAUAAUAUUUUUGUUUUGGGGGUGCAUGCUACAGCACUGCAUAGAAAUCUAAAAUGUGUCAAAUAAAUGAUAUCCUGUUCAGGACUCCAGCUAUGCAUUUGGUUUGAUAACUUGCUCGCUAAGUGGCUAGAUGUCAAGAUCAAGCUUCUUGGUUACUGCAAAGACAGUCAAUCCCAUCCUGGAUCAAGAACACUCAACCCUCUUGCCUAAAUUGUUUAUUGCGUAAUUAUAUAUAUAUAUAUAUAUAUAUAUAAUAAAAUAUUAUCAUUUUAAUAGCACCCAUUAUGUGCAUUUCCAAUAAUACCCAGUAUGGUACAGAAACGGUGUGACAUUAUGAAAAUCUUGAUACCGCCCAACCUUACCCCUCGCCCAUAUAAGGCUCUGCCUGUAUUCUAUGACUGAGAUUUUUCCAUGAUCGCCCAUAUAAGGAUCUGCCUGUAUUCUAUGACAGAUUUCUCCAUGAUCGCCCAUAUAAGGCUCUGCCUGUAUUCUAUAACUGGGAUUUCUCCAUGAAGGGUCACUAUGAAUGAACUUCAACCCUUGACCUUUUACUGGAACUGUUGUGCUGUGUCCUGGAAACCAAUACUAAGGUUACCCUGGUUACCCUGGUCGAUGACUUCAUGUUUUUGCUAAAGCAGGUCAUAACUGAUGGUAGUUUAGUUGCAGAAUACAUUUCGUUGGUCUUAUUUUUUGUGUGUGUAUUUUACUGAAGCAAAGACUGUUUACAAAUUCAGCUGUCAGGGUCAAAAAAAUUAUGGUAGUUAUGCAUCUUGUUUGUUGAAACAGGCAACAUUAUAGAAGCCUUGGUCCAUAGGGAUUCUCAAGUCAGAUAUUGACAGACUAAAUGAAAAUGGAUAUUCGUUAAGAAUGUUUUUGGAAGCACUUCUCAUAGAAAAACAGAGGAGAAUUGGAAUUUCACUUCCUGAAUUGAAAUGGAAUUGACCCCAACACUACUUUUCAGAAGGGUUUUCAAUAUCCAGUCCCCGGUUCUUUGUACAGGGAAUGUAUUUUAUACAACCGUCGUGAUAAAAACUAGAUGUUUGUUGUGAGAUAGACAGCACAUGUAUGUUUCAUUGAUGUCUGACUAUCCAUGUACUUUGUCUGUUUAACUCUACGUGGAUCUUUAUUUGAAAAGUACAUUUUAUAUUCUUCUGAUUCUGAAGGACCAUACAUUUAUUUUUUGUGGUUUACAACAUUGUUUGACUGUGAACUCUUGUGUAUUAAUCUGUUAAUUAAAUUGUAUUAGGUUCA